CAGCCCUUGAGUCGUGUAUCCAUUCUUCACUCAAGCUUGCGAGCAAGCUCUGCUGAGAUUCUCCCCAGAACGACGAAUCGAGGAAGGAGAAGAAGACGACGGAGAUUCCGUUCCGAUUGAAAUUCAGCAGAUGCUUCAGAUCUCCGAUUGAGCUUCUAGGGUUUCCGCUUCAAUACGAUGAACAGCAGCAACAACGACAGCUGCAGCAACAGCACCUCCACCAACAACUCCAUCGGCGGCCGCGAUCUCGGCCUCUACUUCCUCGACCAGGCGAGGCUCUGCUCUGCUGCGGCUCCCUCCGCCAUGGACGAAGCCGAGGCGGAGGAAGCUCCCACCGAGCUGAACACGAUCAACAGCUCCGGCGGCUUUCUGGUAGUCUCCACCGACAAGCUCUCCGUCAAGUACACCAGCGUGAACCUACACGGCCACGACGUCGGGGCUGUGCAGGCGAACAGGCCGGCUCCCUUCAAGCGGCUGCUUUACUACUUCGAGAUGUACGUGAAGGACGCUGGUGUUAAGGGCCAGGUCUCGAUCGGGUUCACCAGUGAGAGCUUCAAGAUGAGAAGGCAGCCCGGUUGGGAAGCCAACAGUUGUGGAUAUCAUGGUGAUGAUGGACUGCUUUAUCGUGGAGGAGCAAAGGGAGAACCUUUUGGACCAACAUAUGCAACUGGAGAUGUAGUUGGGGGUGGUAUUAACUAUGCCUCACAGGAAUUCUUUUUCACCAAAAAUGGAGCUGUGGUAGGAACCGUCUACAAGGACAUGAAGGGUCCUUUGUUUCCUACAGUUGCAGUGCACAGCCAAAAUGAGGAGGUGCAUGUCAACUUCGGACAGAAACCUUUUGACUUUGAUCUCAAGACAUUUGAAGCACAAGAAAGACUCAAGCAACAAGCAACCAUUGAGAAAAUAUCCUUGCCACCCAAUGUUAGUUAUGAGAUUGUCCGCUCUUACUUGCUACACUAUGGUUAUGAAGAUACGCUGAAUUCAUUAUACAUGGCUGGCAAAAGUACCGUCCCUCCCGUUUCCAUGAACCAAGAAAAUGGAUUUGAUGAGCAGGAUCUACUAUAUGCUUUAAGCCAGAGAAAAACCCUUCGUCAGCUAAUUAGGAAUGGGGAGAUUGAUGCUGCGUUCAGUAGGCUCCACGAAUGGUAUCCACAGAUUGUUCAGGAUGAUAAAUCAGCUACUUGUUUUCUGUUACACUGUCAAAAAUUUAUCGAGCUAGUCCGGGUUGGGAAGCUGGAGGAGGCUGUGAAAUAUGGAAGGAUUGAACUGUCGAAGUAUUUCAGUUUGGCCCGAUUCGAGGAACUUGUUCAGGAUUGUGUAGCUCUGCUGGCAUAUGAACGGCCAAUGGAGUCCUUUGCGGGGUACCUUCUCGAGGAUUCUCAGCGAGAGGUAGUGGCUGAUAUGGUGAAUGCAAUGAUCUUAUCCACGAAUCCUAACGUUAAAGACUUGCAAGGCUGCCUCCAUUCUUAUCUCGAGAGGUUACUAAGGCAGCUGACAGCUUGUUGCCUCGAGAGGAGGUCACUGAACGGUGAUCAAGGCGAAGGCUUCCACCUCCACAGAGCACUUAACAGCACCAUGAAGGCUAAUUCCUAGUUGGUAACUUCAUUUGCACCCUCCCCCGUCCAAUUGCCUGUCCAUACUGGCCGAAUCCUCAGUAAAUUCUUGCUCUGUCGGGGGUAUUGUCCGGCUUUUCUCUCCGUGGAUGUAAGCUCCUGUAAUGAUGAUUCACUCUGUAGCUCAGCAUGUUCGAUUUGAGGAUAAAGAGGUCUUGCUGAAGAGUCGGCGGGCCUAUUAGUGUAAUACUCACUCUGUACAGAUUGAAAACUUAAAUUUCUCGCGAUCUCCUUUUCUUUUGGCGAUUUA